GGCGCUUGCGGUGCAUAUAGCCAGAACUCCGACUCGGUUGUGGCGCUUCCUCUCAGCCUUUACGCCAAUGGCGCUAAUUGCUGGAAACACAUUGGGGUUAUCAACGCGGCCAACGGCAAAUGGGUCGAUGCAGUCGUAACUGACCUGUGCCCUGACUGCGAGAGCACCCACAUUGACCUCUCUGAGGGUGCCUUCUCCCAGCUUGACAGCCUUGAUACGGGUGUCAUCGAUGUUACUUGGUACUAUGAGUGA